UCCUCGGUUCGGUGACAAUCGAGCAUCCCCGUAGCGUGUUUAUUUCCGGGUAAAGUGGUAAACAACAGAAAAGGCAACGUGGUGCAGUGUGAAAAUUGCGACAUCGGUGAUACAUGUAGUUUAAUAACUUGCUGGUUUAUGAAACAUUCACAGACUCUACUCUCCGUGUAGCCUUGUCAACACCAUUUCUUGCGAUCUCGCUCAACAGACUAGAUUUCUUCAUCAUUAAAUUCCACCCAUGGCUCCUUCGGCACCGUUUCGAAUAUUUUUCAGAAUUGUGUCAGUGACCUCAAAAUCUUUUUUGAUUUCAAUUCUGUUAUUAAUAUCUCUUUUGGAUCAUUCUUGGCAGUUUAACGAAACCAACAGUUUUCUUGUAAAUGAAGUAUUUAUUAAACAGCUUACUGAAAAGUACAGGACUAAUAACUCGAAAUCAUUAGAUUUCUCGGAAUUUUCUCAAUUUUACAGCGAUCUUGUCGGUCAUGAAAUCUCAGUUGAUUUUUCUGUGGAAAGCAAAAAUUUAACUGAUUGUUUAGACAAAAUAGACGAAGCUGAUAUUUCCCAGUGUUUAUUAUCGAAAAUUGGAAAAUCGUGUAUCAGUCCCUAUGAUCUAUAUGAGGUAUAUUCUUUACCUACAACCAACAAGUUAUCUAUAGAUAAUCUAACUGAUAUAUCGAUUGGUGUAUUAUUAUCUAUACAACAAAAACGCUGUUUGUCUUACAGGUCUCAUUUACAUCUUUCACAUCCUACCUCAACUGCAGUAUGGGGCUACAGUUUUUUGUGUGUUACUUUAAUCAAUCUGUGUUCACUAGUUGGUAUUAUUGUGUUACCCUUUAUGAAGAUGGUUAUUUACAAGAUACUCUUAAUAUUUAUGGUGGCACUAGCUGUAGGAAGUCUGGCAGGAAGUGGUCUUUUAUUCCUUAUACCAGAGGCAUUUGGUUUAGCAGCAGAAGGUGAUACAAGUUAUAUUUUAAAAUCCACUACUGUAAUAGGUGGUAUCUAUCUAUUCUACCUCACAGAAAGAAUCAUGAAAAUGUUGAUGCAAUGGAGAGAGUCUAAAAAAAGAUCCAAAGAAGAUUUAGACGAAGAUAAGAAAGAUAUAUUCUGUUCCGUCCGAUGUAGAACACCCUUGAAAUCUGAAUCUGAGAUGAAAGACCCAGCGCAUAUACCAAGUAGUAAUUCUGCUUGCACGCAGGUCACUUUAUUAAAUCAUGAUAUCAGUGAAGGCGAUCUAGCAGGCCUGGAUGUUGUUAAAGUAGCAAAUGGCAAUGGUGAUUCUUCUAUAAAUAAUCAUAGUAAAUCAAAUGGUACACACCGACAUCACCGUGGUGACUAUAAACAUCCCAUAGCAACUGUUGCCUACAUGAUUAUAUUUGGAGAUGGUUUACAUAAUUUUAUAGAUGGGUUGUCUAUAGGAGCUGCAUUCACAAAUAGUAUAUUGUCCGGCGUCAGUGUAUCCAUGGCUUGUAUAUGUGAAGAAUUACCCCAUGAAUUAGGUGACUUUGCUAUUUUAUUGAAUUCUGGCAUGAGUUUAAGAAAAGCGUUACUAUAUAACUUUCUAUCAGCUUGUAUGUGUUAUUUGGGUUUAAUUGUUGGAGUAUUAUUAGGGGAGAAUACUACAGCACAUGAAUGGGUAUUUGCUAUAGCUGGUGGAAUGUUUCUCUAUAUUUCUUUAGUAGACAUGAUGCCAGAAAUGAACAGUGCAGCUGAGUCGGAGGAAGCUCAACGAUACGGAACCUUUCAAAUAUUUCUACUGCAAAAUGUAGGACUGCUCUCUGGAUUCAGCAUUAUGUUGAUAAUGGCCAUCUACGGUGGCGAUAUUUCUUUCGAAUAACUAUUUGAUUAUGUCAUUAUGUAAGAUUUAGAUUAAGAGCUGACCGUUCUUGCUAUAUUAGUUUAAAAUUAGAUAAUGAAAAAUCAAUAUAUAGAGAAUCUCCUACGAGUCUUUUUUUGAUAUCAAAAAAUAUCAACACAAGUCGAUAAAGUAAAAAAAAAAAUUUAUUUUAUUUAUCACCCAAUGCCUUCUUAUAUGCACAAAUAAAUAAAUAUAAUUCUUUGCUAUAGAUUUCACUUUUACUGAACCUGAUUACAUUAUGGCAUAGUGAUACAUCAUUUUUUGACAGCAAUUCAACCAUUGCAAAGUCCUUUAUAUUGACCCAGUGUCUCCAUCAAGGCCAAUUAAAUAAAAAUAGUUACUUUUAAUAAAAAAUGAACUGUUUUUUGAAAAUAAAAAAAAGUAGUUCCUUUUUGAUUGAACAAUCAAAUUCAUGUAAAGGGAUAUCUCAGUAGAUUAUGAAAUUUAUCACAAAAGUGAUAUCUACUGUAGAAUGUAUUAUUGGGUGAUAAAUUGCAAAUCUCAGUAAAAUUACUUUAUUCUGAGCAAAGCUAUGUGUGUUUGAAUUUUUGAAACAGUCUUGAUUGUCAAGUACCAUUGCUAUGAUAAUAAAGUCUCGAUUAUCCAUUUU